GAUUAAGAUUCAUUGAUUACCUUUGAUGUUUGUUGGUUUUCACGUUCUCUGCGUAAUUAGUUAGUGUUAAUUGAUUGUUCUUUUAUUGUUGUGUGUUUGUUGGUUGUGUUUGUAGACUGUGUAGACUCUGUGCAUUAUGUCACAUGGAACAUCGUUUGAUAAAAAUGACUCUCGAAUUUUUCUAAUGGUGAGGCGGAAAAAGACAACAAUUUUUCUUGAUGCAGUGGAAACAACAACAAUCUUGCAAAUCAAGAAGAUGAUUUCUGGAAUCACUCAGGUCGCUGUCACCGAUCAACGUCUUUUCCAUGCGGAUGAAAUUCUGGAUGAUGAUCGUUGUUUAAGUGAUUAUUUCAUCAACAACACCACAGCCAAGGCUCAGGCACCUGCGGUCAUUGGUCUUGCCUUUAGAGACUUGAAUUCAUCUGAACCCAAUUGUUUCGAGAAAUUGGAGAUGACACCGCUUUCUACUCCUCCAGAACUUCCUGAUGUCAUGAAAUCUCCUGAUGCACCAUCUUCACUACCCAUUGAACAACAAUAACGAUAAAAAUAACAAUAAGUUUAAAACGAAAACAGAGAAAACGUCAUCAAAUCAGUUCUAAUUAAACCUCUGGUUCGCAGUUAAUAUUACUCCUUUAAUUUGGAGACAAGUAAGAAUAAUAAUCUAAAGAAGCAUUUGACCACAACAAUCAUUCAAUGGAACAAUUAGUACAAACAAUCAAAAUAGAAAAGAUAUCAAUUGAUGACAAUUCUAUACAAAAUAUUCUUCAACGAAUCGGAUUAAGCAGAUACACUGGAAAUCGGAAAUGAACACUUAACAAUUUAAUCAAUGUGAUUAAUUCAAAGCGAAUCUUUUAGCCUUCUUCACAUUUCUAAACUUUCUUACAUUCUUGAUAUAUUUGGAAUUCAUAAAAGAAACAAAACAAAUUCAAUGAUUUGUAAAACUAAUCACUAAUUAACUUUUUUUCGGAUGAAAACAAUUUCACAAUAAAUAAACAAAUCAAACAAUCA